UUCCUUCCUUUCCUCUCAGAAUGACUAAUGCCUGCCACAGGAAGUGCGUACCGCCACAUUAUAAGGAGGCAGAGCUGACCAAGGGUGAGUCGGUCUGCCUGGACCGCUGCGUGGCCAAAUAUCUGGACCUUCACGAGCGGCUAGGACGCAAGCUGACGGAGCUCUCCGUCCAGGACGAGGAAAUGAUGAGGAAGGCGGCUGUGGGGAGCGGAUAGACGCGGAUGAAGAAAACAAAGUGGAGAAUGAUGUGGGAUCAAAAGGUCAUGGGGAUGGGGUUAGCAUGCGUGGCUUCAAACAACGAGAGACUUGUAUUUUAAUUAAAGGGUGGGAAAUAAAAAUAAAAAAGUGUGGAGUUAAUGCUGUCGAGGGCCCGCUGAGAGAAACUGCCUCUUCCUCAGAAACUUGGUGGAUCAGCAGCAUAAGGACAUGUGGACCAGACAAUCUGGAUCUUUUCCACUUUCUGUACGUUGAGCCUGGACUCUCGAAGUCACCUGAAAAUCUGACUGAAAAGGAGAAAGGCCUCUGACGCUUAACAUCAGAAAGCUAGAAACCAGAAACCUGGUUACAUGUGACAGGUCCAGACAAAUGCAAAGAAUGAUUCAACUUUAAUCUUUAUCUCAAUUCACCCUUUGAACUGGGGUCAGAUUUUUCUUGUUUGGUUUUGGAAGGCACUGAAAGUAAAUAUAGACUCUUUGCAAAGCUGCAGCUCAACCCGUGGAACUAGUUUAUUUACAGUUGUCAGUCCUGUGCAACACCUCAGAAACAGCGAAUCAUGGGUCAGGGCAUGCACAGAAUUCAUUAUGGGCUGAGCCAAAAUGUUUUUUUUGUACUAUUCAUAGUUUACUCUUUUGACCCUGGUUGGUUCUUUGUCUUUAACAGCUCAGAUAAAAAAAAUAACAAUGGCUGAACUUUGUUCAUUUUGUCAUGCUUGUGUAGACUGUUGUGCUGUGUGUCAGUGGACCA